AUGUUUUAUGCAAAAGAAAUAUUAUCGAUGCAGGCUAAAACGGACAUUUCAUUGAUUUAUUAUUUAUCCACGACUAAUAACAUUAGACGUAUUAAUAGAAAAGAUAUUUUAAAACUAAAUAUUAAAAAUGCAUUGAUAAAUGUUUUAGAUCAAACAUUUGCAUUAAGGCUGUAUGGAUAUAUUUUAAAAGGCGUGUCUAAACUUUACUUAUUAAAAAUUAAAUAUUACGAACAUGAAGUAACAGGAUUGCUCAAUUUACUUAAAGUUCGCCUUGAUAAAAAAAGAAAUAUUAAGAAACAUUUUAUUAAUGACUCUAGUAGUUCUGAUGUCGAAGAUUUAUAUGAUGGUGGAUUAUGUAGUGCAAAUAUAAAACCCAAACAAGAAAUUGCUAUUAAAGACAAUAUGUGUAUGACGGAUAAUAGUGAAAUGUCUUUAAUUCCAUAUCUACAAAGCUAUAAUUGUGAUACAUUAGAUUUUUCAAUUAAGUUAUCAAAAAAAUUAAAUUUUAAUAUUGAAGAUACAGAAAUAGAAUUGGAACCCAGAAAUAAAGAAAAAAGAUUUAGAAAAUCACAUUCCGUAUACAAAUUUAUCGAUGUAAAGACUUAUCCGAUAUUUUCUUAUGUUGAUCGCUGUACUUAUAAAGAUUCAUUAGAAAUACAAAGAAAUAUUACAACUUCAAAUGUACCCUCACAAAUUAUAAGUGAUACAAUGUCUGAGGUAUUUUAUAAAUAUAAUAAUGAUGACAUGUACCUUGAAACUUUGAAUUUUAGCAGUAAGAUUGAAACAGAAAAUGGAAAAAAAUAUAAUGAGUUAUCAGACAACAUAAUAUUCUCUUCGAGUUACAAGUUAGAUUUAUGCGAUCUAGUAGGCGAAAAAUGUUUUUUUUCUGAAAUUGUAUUUGGAACAAAUAGACAUAAGGCAAUAAUGUUUCAUGAAUUACUUGACUUAUUAAGUAAAAAUGUUUUAGAAGCAUUUCAAGACUCGCCAAGUUCAGAUAUAUUAAUAUCGAAAAUUUACUAA